GUAGCCGUUGAUAACCAGCAUUUGGAUAAGACCACAGAAACUCAACUCAGCUCCAUCAUUUGCCACCACCACAAAUGGCCGCCAAUCUCCAACUCCUCGACUGUUCUAACCUAAAGCCGUCCUUGGCCUCUCUCUUCGUCCCUGGUCGCCUUCUUCAUCCGCCGGUCUCCCACGUCCAAUCACAGCCGCGGUUAGUCGCCAGAGCUUCUCUCCAUCAUCAUCACGAGAACCAGCAAUCUUCACCGUCAUUAUCUCCAGCUGUUAAUCGGAGACAGUUUAUUUCCCAAACGGCCUCGCUUUCCAUCACUGUAGCCACUCUCUCCGCUGUCCAACAACCUGUUAAUGCUGAGGAAGCCCUCUCUGAGUGGGAGAGAGUGUACCUCCCCAUUGAUCCUGGUGUCGUUCUUCUUGACAUCGCUUUCGUCCCUGAUGACUUGAAACACGGUUUUCUCCUAGGGACAAGGCAAACAAUUUUGGAAACAAAAGACGGUGGAGACACUUGGGUUGCUCGCUCAAUACCCUCAGCUGAGGAUGAAGAUUUCAACUACAGGUUUAACUCAAUCAGCUUCAAGGGGAAGGAGGGAUGGAUUGUUGGAAAACCUGCAAUUUUGUUGUACACUUCAGAUGCUGGAGAAACCUGGGAAAGAAUACCAUUAAGUGCUCAACUUCCAGGAGACAUGGUGUACAUAAAGGCCACUGGAGAAAAGAGUGCAGAGAUGGUAACUGACCAAGGUGCCAUCUAUGUUACGUCAAAUAAUGGCUAUAAUUGGAGGGCAGCUGUUCAGGAGACUGUCUCAGCUACUCUAAAUAGAACAGUUUCUAGCGGUAUUAGUGGUGCUAGCUAUUACACAGGAACUUUUAAUACUGUGAAUCGCUCUCCAGAUGGAAGAUAUGUAGCUGUCUCAAGCCGUGGGAACUUUUAUCUUACAUGGGAGCCCGGACAGGCAUUCUGGCAGCCACAUAACAGAGCUAUUGCAAGAAGAAUUCAGAACAUGGGAUGGAGGGCUGAUGGUGGUCUUUGGCUUCUUGUCCGUGGAGGAGGACUUUAUCUUAGCAAAGGCACCGGGUUGACUGAGGAGUUUGAAGAAGUUCCAGUGCAAAGUCGGGGUUUUGGCAUUCUUGAUGUUGGCUAUCGUUCAACGGAAGAGGCUUGGGCAGCAGGGGGCAGUGGGGUUCUGCUGCGAACUACCAAUGGUGGCAAGACAUGGACCCGUGACAAGGCAGCUGACAAUAUUGCUGCAAACCUAUACUCUGUUAAGUUUAUCAACGAAAAGAAGGGAUUUGUGUUGGGAAAUGACGGUGUCUUGCUCCGGUAUCUCGGAUAAAGUUGUAUUUACACGCGGUCUCACCAACGAUGCUAACAAUUUUGUAUAGUUGAUUUGUAUCUUCAUGGUUGUCAUACGAAGAGAGACCCAAAACCUCAUCACUCUACUCAAUGGCGAAUUUGCAGCAUUCAAGUAGCUUUCUCCAAUUCUUCAGAGUAUCUUCCCCUUGAAAAGACAAUUUGUUUGAUAAACAGAUCAGUUGUCUCAUAUGGAUGGUCAAACUUGGAUUUUGGUCUAGAUGACAAUUUCUGUUUUUGGUAUAUAUUAACAUAUAUGAAUACUCAUUCCAAUUCAACAAGCCUUCCAAACUUUGUUGGCUUGAAAAGUCCUUUCUGCCUUCUGGUCAUUCAUUCAUGCUUGAGGAUGUUUUAUGCUAAUGUAUUUCCAUCAAAUAAACAAAAUUAAUUCGU